AUGGCCGGCUUCGGCAUCACCUGUAGCGUGGAUCCGGAAGUAACCGUUCUCAAUCUGAAGAAGGUGGCAGAAAGCGAGAUGAAGCGCCUGAUAAAGCAUCUUAUCACUGCAGAUGCGCAAGUUGCGAGUGAGAGUCAGAAUAUAUUGGAUGCAGGUAUAAGGGAUGGCGAUAUGCUGCAAGCAGUGCUGAUGUCGGACGAUGACAAAAUUCAAGCUAUCGUGCAAGAGCGGGAGUCGCAUACCUGCGAUUGUCGGAAAGUAACACGUGCUGGAGACUACGCGCUAGUAAAGGCGAUGUUUUGGCCGCGAGAUCAAGAAGCCGCCCCGUAUGUUGAGGAGUACUUUCUCUACCAUCUUCCUUCCUGGAGGCGUGGUGGCGCGCCUCUUCUUGAAGCAACUUAUCUGGACGAUCCGGAGAAUGACGACGCUGAGAAGGGGCACGAACUCGUUCUUGUGGGGAACGGAGAGGUUGAGUUGAGGGAAGUAUCGGAAUUUGGUGUUUGGAACACUCAGUUCCGCAAGAAGCUUGACAGCCUUCUAGAAGGGCGCGUGUUGGCAGAUGUUGAAGAAUGA